GUGCUAAAAAAAAAAAGAAAAUUACAAGAAUAUUGUAGUCAUGAGAUACUAGAAGUCUAGAACCAUAGAUAACGAUAAAGGUAAGAGCAAUAUGAUGAUUGGUGAGAAAUGAACCAGCAAGAUCGCGUGUGAGAUCAUGAAAUGUUUAUUCAGUACAAUAGUACUACUUUAAUCACUUCAUUGUCCGACGUGGCAGUUGAGAUUGAGAAUCAAGCAGCACAUCAUCAUCAUCAUCAUCAUCAACCAAUCAUCAUCCAUGGCGGUGCUAGCUCCAACCUCAGCUCUCAUCAACCACCGCACACUCCGUCACCAACGCCCAUUCCCCACUCCCUCCAACAACAACAAACUUCCUUUCACCGUCUUCGCCAUGGCUCCAAAACAGAAGGUGAACAAGUACAACGAUAACUGGAAGAAACAAUGGUACGGAGCAGGAAUAUUCUACGAAGGAAGCGAAGAAGUUGAAGUAGACGUAUUCAAGAAACUCGAGAAGAGGAAAGUAUUAAGCAACGUAGAAAAAGCUGGAUUGUUAUCAAAAGCUGAAGAAUUAGGCGUUACGCUAUCUUCAAUUGAGAAAUUAGGUUUAUUUUCUAAAGCUGAAGAACUUGGCUUACUCAGCUUAUUAGAGAAUCUCGCUACAAUUUCUCCUUCUGUUUUGGCUUCUUUGUCUCUUCCGACGCUUGUGGCGGCUAUUGCAACGGUUGUUCUUAUUCCUGAUGAUUCUACUGCUCUUGUUGUUGUUCAGGCCGUCGUCGCCGCGGCUCUUGGUGUUGGGGCGGUUGGGUUGUUUGCUGGGUCUGUUGUGCUCGGCGGGUUGCAAGAGGCUGAUUGAUUGAUUGAUUGGGUCAGUAAGUACAUGAGUUUUUAACCGCGGUUGUUUUUGUUGUAAUUAUAUAUAUUGUGUUAAUAAUUUACUUCAUUAGCAAUCAAAAAAUUAUAAUAGUUUGUAAUUUA